AUGGUGUACGCCGCCAACUUGUCGAAUAACCUGGGCUGCGGCUGCGAAUUGAUGCGCGAACAUAUACCUCGGACGGAUAUCGUCUACGGGUUCGGAAAGGACCGAGUCUACGCGCGAGUCUUCAUCAACGUAAAUCAAUCAGUGCAUGCUCUGCAACAUGGCCAGACCCAUGUUGCGAAUGGCGACUCUUGGUCCGAUCGCAGCAAGCACGACGUCACCGUCGAAUGUCACCGUCGCUCCGGGAAGCGCUUUAAUGGCCUGGUUCUCGGGAAGGGCUUUAUGUCUCUUGAAGAAGACGCGGAAACGGUACCGCCGACCGCCGACCGCGAUAUUGACGAUGAUGUCGUGUACGUAGCUCUGCUGUCGUCGAAACCCGAGCUCAUCUGCCGCAUAGAGAUAACGGCGAUUUGGACGUCGUCUAUCUCCUUGAUACGAGAGAACGACCCCUUUUCCUCGAUCUUCAAGGCAAGGAUACAAGAGCGCGCGUACGCCUUUGCUAUAUAG